GGGUUUGGAGGGGGUGAGGGGGGAGGUGCUGGAGGUGAUGAAGGGGAGUGGAGGGGAGGGAGAAGAAGGGGAGUGUAUGAUUGCUUGUGGGGAUGUGGGGGAGAGGGAGUUUUGGGAGGGAGAGUUUGGGAGGGGGAAGAGAGGGGGUGAGGGGAACCCCAAACCCAAAAUAGACAUCCUCAUCAACGCCGCCGGUCUAACCCACGCCUCCCCCUUAAUAACCACCUCCCCAUCCCUCAUCGAAAACAUCCUCCAAACAAAUCUAACGGGUACAAUCUGGGGAUGCAAAAUUAUCGGAAAAGAAAUGUUGAGACGGAGGGAGGGUUGCAUAAUAAACAUCUCCUCGCUCCUCGGUAUCAAAGGCGGAAGAGGUAGUGCUGCGUAUGCAGCUAGUAAAGCGGGGGUUCUUGGUCUCACCCGCGCCCUAGCCGCCGAAAUGGGUUCUGCAGGAAUAAGAGUCAAUGCCAUUGUACCCGGCUAUAUCGAGACGGAUAUGACGAGGGCAAUGUCAGAUCCCGCCCGCUCAGAAGCAUUAAACUCCAUUCCUUUAUCACGUUUUGGAGAUGUAACCGAAAUAGCCGAUGCCGCCGUCUUUUUAGCAACCAAUAAGUACGCAAACAAUUGUGUGCUUAAUCUUGAUGGGGGAUUGAGCGCCGUAUGAUUAUUUUCCGGAGAGGAGGGAAGCAAAAUGUUCGCCGAGUGAAGGCUGGCGGGAUUGUUCGACA